AGAGGCUGAGCUUGAAAGCUAUCAGCAUAGCGGAUAAACUACCCGUUGAUAUCUUCCUCUACCCGGAUGAUGCUGGCUCGGUAGUCGACAAUGAAUUUUCCUUUGAUCUUAAAAGUUCAUCAAAAACUGAUGGUCUUCCUGUCCUAUGUAUUAGUUAUGAAGAUCAAAUAGCGCUAGCAGAGACAAGGGUGGUUAAAUUCUGUAUCGAAAUCCAUGGAGCUAGUCAGAGCCGAUGUGCGGAUUUUUUGCUUACUUUCACGAGGAGGAAGAUGGUUCAUACAUUUAAAGGCUGGCUUGAUAGCUGGACACCUGAUUUUGAUGGUUUUUAUCUUAAAGAUGGCCGUGAUAAUGCGUUUGUUUGGUUAACCGUAAGAUGCCAUAUUAUAAGUGCACUCAGUACAGGUCCUGCUAUGCUGUUACCACGGCACGAAAGAACGGCAACAGUUGGUGUAUUUGGUAAAUCUGCAUUGUCUGAAAUUAAGAACGUUUGUGAUACUUCGAAAAGCAGUAUGCGUGACUGGAUGGUUAACCCUAGGUUUCGUGAGCACUGGUCAACACUUGUAACCAGAAAUGGUUCAUUUUGCUCACUAAGCUUCUCUGAGGUUUUCGGCAAGAUUCACCACUAUUUCAAUUCAGAGGGGAUUUCCUAUUUAGUGGUGAGAGAAACUCUGUUCUCUGCAAUGUUUCUUUCAGCUGAAAGCUUGGCGAAUGCCAAAGCGACACCUCUGGAAUUAUUCCAAUACUCAGAUGUGACCGAGAAAUUCACUCUGAAGCACCGUUCUUUUGAGGCCGUCGAGAAAUAUCUGAAUUCAACUUUGCCUGAUUUUACAGAUGAUGACUUCGAGCUCAUCAAAGGGUGGAAAGCUAGUCUACGAAAAUGUAUUGCAGAACUGACGCAUUAUGGGUGGUGCACUGUACAAAUUUUCACGCUCUAUCACGUUUAUUGUCAAGUGUACGUUCAGUCUGCAGGUGAUUAAGAAGUUAAGCUUAAACUUACACAAGAACAUCAUAACGAAUCACAUCAGGCAGAAUUAGAUGAAGAUGCUGAUGAUGGAACUCUUAUUCCACUUACUCCAUCUGCUCCAGCUCCACUUACUCCACCUGCUCCAGCAUGAAGAACGAUAGCGAUUCAAGAAAAAGAUGAGAAUGGAGAUGUCCCAUGGAUAGGUCCAUCUGACGAGGACAUCAUUAAAGUGGACAUUGAUGGAGCUUACUUUAAACCUUUUAUUAAUAGCACGGAGAAGCUUGGAGGGUAUGCUGUCGUUGCUCGUCGGUACCCAAGUUCCCUCGUUGCUGCUGUUUCCGGGUGUUCAAGAAAUUCUGUUUCUCCUAUCUGCCACGAGCUUGAGGGAGCUAACGUGGCAGUUAAGUUUUCUAAUGACCAUGGCUUUCAGAAAGUGGAAUUUAGCUGUGAUUCGUUGCAAGUAAUCACAGAGGUUGCAAAGGGACCUGCUACUGGGAGAAGGAUGGCGAAAAACCAGGAAGUCCAGCAGACAAUGGAAUAUCAUGUCAACAAAAUUUUGGAGGGGCUUACAACGAUUAAACAGCCUAAGUUCAUCCAUAUGCGUAGGGGUGCGAACAGAGUUGCAGAUGACCUCGCCCACUAUUGUCAAGAUAAGGGUUACUUUAUUUUAUUUGGACUGGAAGACUUCAACAAAGAGGAUUGGCCUCAGAUUGCAAGGUUUCUGGACGAGGAUGCUAAUGGUGAGAAAUACCCAGCGAAGGGUCAGAAUAAUAGGUGGUCCCGAGGUCCACAAGGAGACCAACCAAGAAAAUAUGAUGCCUGGGAAGACGUCCCCAAAAAUAAAGCUGCCUGGAAGAAGGAGACAAGAUGAGGCAGUAAAGCUGCAUGGGACGUGGUAAGUAUUUUAAGAAUUCGGCCAGCCGUUACUUCUGCAGCAUUUAAAGUGUAGUUGCAAGAGACUGUAAGAUGAAUAUGGUCAAGAUUGUCGAGCUACAAGAGCUGGCAAAACUUAGUUCUUAUAACAAAGCCAGGAUACGACUUAUGAGUCGAGCUGUAUUGAUUUCGUGCUUUCACUUAAAGAGUAGCAUUUAUAUUAAGUUAGGGCCGGUAAUGCUAGCUCAUUUAAGAUGAAACUGUAGCUAUAUCAGUUCUGUAGCAGUUCAAUAACUUUGCUGUAGCUCCUUGUUUUUUGCAGGUGGAUCAGAUGUCAGCAUGUAAAGUGGCCAUCCUGAAUCAAAACUAACAAGUAUGAUGUAUUAAUUGCAUAUAUAUAUAUAUACUAGGUAUCAGGCCGGGGUUCAACCUCUAUCGAAUUUUUAAAGUAAAUUGGCCGGUUUGUAUUCUUUAACCUGUACUAAACCAGCCGGGUUAUAAUAUUGUUUAGUUAGUCGGGUCAUAAUAGUCGGGAUUUACGACCCCAACCAUUACGAA